UUUCGUCCGGCCCUAAAAGUAAGAACAUAAACCUUCUUCAUCUUCUUCCUAACCGCAGCAGCCUCUUUUUUCCUGCUCAGCUCACAGGACAGCAGUAGAGAGAGACUAAUGGGGAAGAAGUCAAAAACUUCACGAAAGAACAAAAAAGCAUGGAGAAAAAACAUAGCCACAGAUGACAUCGAUGAGUUCAUUGAGAAAUCUACUAAAGACGCUCUCAGUGGUGGUUCCUUAGAGGCCGUUCCCAGCGAGUCUCUCUUCUACGUUGAUAAAUCUACUGAUUUAGCUGUCAAGAGGAAAAUCGAUAAAAGUAGAGAGAAAGUUCUUCGUUGUGAUAGCUUGUUGCAAAGAAAUCCAUUCAUUAAACCAGUUCCAUCUUCAAUACAGAAGAAGUCGAUAAGAAAGUUGAAAGAAGCUUUGAAAGCAGCAAAGCAUGAAAAGCAAGAUGAUUCUAAAAAGGAAUCGACAUCUAGUAUUAAGGACAUAUGGGCAGAUGACAAAGUAACAGAGAGUGCCCAGGCCGACAAGGUUAUCGAUUUUCUUCCAGUCCCAGAGACUGCCCAAUUCAACAAGAAGACAAAACCAUCCGUAAUCCCAGCAGUAGAAAUAGAGCCACCCGGAUGCUCCUUCAAUCCUUCAUUUGAGGACCACCAGGACUCUUUGGCUGUUGCUGUUGCGGAGGAAAUGCAAAAGAUCUACAAAAGCGAGUUGGGUCCUCAACCAGUUCCAUUAAUUGUUACCGGUGAAGUUGUAGACGAAGAAGAUAUGUAUUUUCUUGAUGCUGAUGGUGGAAGUGAGAGUGAUGAAGAAGAGGAUGAUAUGGGCAUAGACAAUGAUCUACCAUCUGAGCAAAGAGCUUCAAAGAAAAAGAGAGUUACCAGGGUGGAGCAUAACCGAAGAGCUAGACGUAAGGAAGUUCUGAAGGCAGAAGCAGAAGCAAAGAAGGUGGGCAAACUUACAAAAGAAAUCAACAGUGUGGCUGAUAUAAUGAAAGAAAUUGAAGAGGAGGACGAGGAGAAACGGAAAAGACAUGACAGACGUGUUAUAGCUAAGCAAGAAAGACUUAAAUCGGCUCCUCCACGUCUAGGAAAACACAAGUUUGAACCUGCUCCGGUGCAAGUCCUAUUAUCCGAAGAAAUUUCUGGAUCGCUCCGUAAGCUAAAGGGUUGUUCCACCCUUGCCAGGGAUCGCUUCAAAAGCUUGGAGAAACGAGGAAUGGUUGUUCCUUCGGCUAAGCGGAAGAGGUAAACGGGUGAUUUGAGGGCUGCAGGGCACUCAGAAGAACAACUACCUCAGCGGAACAUACUUUUAGUUAUUUAGCACUUUCACCUGGAAACUGCUAAUGGGAGCCCAACGAAGGAACAUUUUUGAAGAAUUUAGUUUGUGCUCAAGUUUAUUUUAUCAAGUUUUAUUGUACUUCUGUUAAGAAAAUGUGGCAACAUUUUGAAGACAUAAGCCUUUCAGUUCUUCUUAUUGGAAGCUGUUAAUUUGUGUGGAAUAACAAUGUUAUCAGUUGUACUCUACCAGAUAGGAAAGCAGUUUUGAAAUGGGUGAUGUAAGUUUACACAGAUUACACAUAUGAGGUUUUAUCUAGUAGUUAGCAAUUUGGAUAUAA